GGAAAAUAAGAAGGCUAUUUUAGUCAUUAAAAACAUUAUUCGAGUUUGGUGUUGGUUGAGGGCCGAGGGCUGAGGCUCAGCUUCGUCGUAGACAUCGAACAACAACAUUAUCAAUGGCCGCUGAAGGUGAAACUAGUUCAGAAAGUCUUGUUCUAAGUGGUAUGCAUGACCAUUACGGAGGUGUCAUCGUCCACAUCAACGACAAUGAUCCCAUUGAUCCUGCCACCUUCCUUUCAUUGCUUACCUCCUCUAUUGCCCACUGGAAGCUUCAGGGGAAAAAGGGUGUUUGGAUCAAGUUGCCUAUAGAACGAGUCAAUCUUGUUGAAGUUGCAGUCAAGGAGGGAUUCUGGUACCAUCAUGCAGAGCCUAAGUAUUUGAUGCUCGUGUAUUGGAUUCCACAAUCCUCUCACACUCUUCCUUCCAAUGCCACCCACCGUGUCGGAAUUGGCGCUUUCGUCCUCAACCCUACCACCAGACAGGUGCUAGCAGUCCAAGAAAAGAGCGGGGUUUUACAGGGGACAGGUGUGUGGAAGUUCCCUACUGGAGUUGUAGACGAGGGAGAAGAUAUCUGUGUAGCUGCUGUGAGAGAAGUCAAAGAAGAAACUGGAAUUGACUCGGAGUUUGUAGAAGUUCUAGCAUUCAGGCAAAGCCACAAGUCAUUCUUUGAGAAGUCAGAUUUAUUUUUUGUGUGCAUGAUGCGACCCCUUUCCUUUGAUAUCCAAACGCAGGAACAUGAGAUUGAAGCAGCCCAGUGGAUGCCAUUUGAUGAGUAUGCAGCCCAACCGUUUGUCCAGAAUAACGAGCUUCUGAAAUACAUCAAUGACGUAUGCAAAACAAAGAUGGAUGGGCAGUAUUCAGGAUUUUCUCCACUACUUGCAUCAAGUUUUUAUGACCAAAAGGCGAGCUACUUGUACUUGAAUAAUACUAGUAAGGCGCCCAAGAGAGACGGUGGAGUUUGAUCAUCUAUCGGUCCUUGAAAUUUCGGAGCAAGGCAAUUUAUUUUGUAAUCCAGAAAAUUAAUGGACGAAUUUAUGCCUUUCGCCUUUCUGAAGUAUACACUACACUGAUGCAGUGUAACAACCACCAUGUAAUAAGAACCAUGGUUUAAUAACAAAUUAUCUCCAGUCUUUGUCAA